AAAAAGUAGCAAAUCAAACACGCUGGAGCUUAACCAGAUCCCUCGAUCAACGACAUCCCACAACAACCGUACAUCUAAUCAAAAAACAGUCGCAGCUUAGAACCCACGGCAGAAGCAUGGCUGCUUUGAAUUUGAAACACAUCAUUCUAUUAUACGCACUUUUUAUCACAUCGACUAAUAGUGACGAUAUUGAAGAGACUUUAUUUAAUGAAGAUUACGCAGUUCCAAAACCCUGUGAUGAACCGUAUUGCUAUACAAGGGAAAAGAGGGUGGCAGAUUAUCCUGAAAGGAUCAGGAGUAGGGUGGUAGAAGCGAUGCUGAACACCAGUAUGUUUCCCCUCAAUCCAGCAGAACCAGACAUUUUCGGUAUUUUAAGGGACCAGUAUGAACUUCCAAAAGGGUUCAAAGGACCACUAGCAGAGUACGACUUCAUCAUCAUAGGCGCAGGUUCCGCAGGCAGCGUGCUGGCGUCUCGGCUGAGCGAGGGGCGGCGAGCAUCCGUGCUGCUUAUAGAAGCCGGGAGAGGCGAGAGCCUGAUGACGGACACGCCUGUACUGGCGCCGCUGUUCCAGCAGACCGACUAUGUGUGGCCAUAUCUGAUGGAACACCAGCCUGGAGUUUGUAUGGGAUUCGUCGGAGGCAGAUGCUUCUGGCCGCGAGGAAAAGCCGUUGGCGGUACCAGCGUCGUCAACUACAUGAUCUACACCAGAGGACUCAAGGUCGAUUGGGACAGAAUCGCGGCCGAUGGCAACUAUGGCUGGUCAUAUGACGACGUUUUGCCGUACUACAUGAAGUCAGAAAGGGCCAACCUAAAGGGGCUGAAGGAUUCGCCCUGGCAUGGGAAGAAUGGCGAGUUAUCGGUAGAGGACAUACCAUUUAGGUCAAAAUUGUCUAAAGCAUUUUUGGAUGCUGCCAAACUGUUGGGCAAUCGACGAACCGAUUACAACAGUCCUGACGGAUUCGGGUUCAGCUAUAUCCAGGCAACGAUAUCCCGUGGACGCCGGCACAGCAGCGCCAAGGCCUUCCUGCACGACCACAAAAAAAGAAAAAACCUGCACAUCCUAACUAGCAGUCGAGCCACCAAAGUAUUAAUAGAUCCCACAACAAAAACUGCAAUCGGCGUUCAGUUCAUUCGCAAUGGCCAAAUGUAUGAAAUACGCGCUAAAAAGGAAGUCAUCUUAUCAGCCGGACCGAUCGAGUCACCACAUCUACUAAUGAUUUCCGGCAUCGGACCCAGGCAGAAUCUGGAAUCAGUAGGAAUACCCGUCAUACAAAAUCUUCCAGUAGGACAGACUUUAUACGAUCACAUUUCCUUCCCAGCGCUAGCUUUUAAGCUGAAUUCAACUAGACUGACUUUAGUAGAAAGAAAAAUUGCUACACUUGAAAAUACGUUUCAAUAUAUGCAAUACGGCGAUGGUCCUUUUUCCUCCUUAGCUGGAGUGGAAACCCUUGGAUAUAUUAGAACCAAUGUUUCUGACGAGCCCGCUGACAUUCCAGAUAUUGAACUGAUCGGUUCCUGUGCCUCUUUAGCGUCUGAUGAGGGCAACGUGGUGGCUAAAGGUAUCCGCUUAGCAGACUGGCUGUAUAAUUCAGUUUACAAACAAAUUGAAGACGUCGAGAGCUUCACUGUGCUAUUGAUGCUUCUGCAUCCUAAAUCUAAAGGCAAUAUGCUAUUGGGGUCAAGGAAUCCCUUUGACGAUGCGAAACUGUAUGGCAAUUACUUGACGCAUCAGCAAGACGUAGAUACGAUGGUGGCAGCGAUAAGAUACAUUCAGAAGAUGGUCGAUACGCCGUUUUUCCAGAAAUAUGGUGCAACGUUGCACAGUAAGAAAUUUCCGAAUUGUAGACAGCAUGAAUUUAACAGUGAUAGUUACUGGGAGUGUGCGGUGAGGACGGUGACUGCUACUCUUCACCAUCAGAUUUCUACGUGUCGGAUGGGGCCAUCUUCGGAUCUUGAGGCAGUGGUGGACCCAGAGCUGAAAGUGUACGGUGUGGACAGGUUGCGUGUGGUGGACAGCAGCGUUAUCCCGAGGACUAUAGCGGCCCACACAAACGCUCCCGCCAUCAUGAUUGGUGAAAAGGCGGCAGAUAUGAUCAAAAAUACGUGGAGAUUAAAAUAUUAGGCCGCUGA